AUGGCGGAUCAAGCUGAGUUCUUAACCCACGUGAAGAAUUCUCUGACAGGAGCUUUUUUAAACGAUUGGGAUGACAACGGUCAAAAACCGGUCUGCAACUACACAGGUGUCAACUGUGAUCAACAAGGGUACGUGGUGAAGAUUGAUAUUUCAGGGCAGGGGCUUUUUGGUCAUUUCCCAGAAAACAUAUGCUCUUUCUUACCUCGAUUGAGAAGUCUUUAUCUUGGGUACAACAAGAUUCAUGGAGACUUCCCUCACAGCAUCACCAACUGUUCGCUUCUAGAACAACUCAACAUAACACAUACAAAUCUCACCGGAACGUUGCCGGAUUUAUCUCCGAUGAAGUCUUUAAAGUUGCUUGAUUUGUCGUCCAAUUUCUUCAUAGGGGCGUUCCCGAUGUCGUUUAUAAAUCUCACCAAUCUUGAAGUUGUUAACUUUAACGAAAACGCAGGUUUUGACAUGUGGAGGUUGCCGGAGAAUAUUACGAAGCUGGUGAAGCUCAAGUCGAUGAUCUUGAGUACUUGUAAGGUGAGUGGUUUAAUCCCGAAAUCCAUCGGAAACAUGACGUCACUUGUUGAUCUUGAAUUGAGCGGGAAUUUUUUAGUGGGCCCAGUUCCGAGAGAAAUCGGGUUGCUUAAAAACCUGCAACAGCUUGAGCUUUACUACAAUCAAUUAGUCGGUGGGAUACCGGAGGAGCUUGGGAAUCUCACAGAGCUCAUUGAUCUCGACAUGUCCGUCAACAGACUCACCGGAAACCUACCGGAAUGCAUUUGCCGUCUCCCGAAGCUCCAAGUCCUGCAGCUUUACAACAACAGUCUCACCGGAGAGAUUCCGGUUGUGUUGGAGAACUCGACAACUCUAACCAUGUUGUCGCUUUACGACAACCUUUUAACCGGUGAAGUCCCCCGGCAUCUAGGCAGAUCAUCACCGCUAUCGCUCAUUGACAUGUCGGAAAACCGGUUGACCGGAGAGUUACCACCUGACGUCUGCAACGGAGGUAAGUUGCUUUAUCUUCUAGCACUUGGAAACAUGUUCUCCGGUGAGUUACCGGAAAGUUACGGUAACUGCGUCUCUCUUAUACGUUUUCGGGUGAGCCGUAACCGUCUGGAAGGGAACAUACCGGAAGGAAUUCUAGGUCUCCCGUCGGUUUCCAUUAUCGAUUUGAGUUACAACUUUUUGAAUGGUUCAAUCGCGAAAGCAAUCGGAAACGCUCGAAACUUAUCGGAGUUGUUUCUACAGAACAAUCGAAUCUCCGGCGUCGUACCUCACGAAAUAUCUAACGCGAUCAAUCUCGUGAAGAUCGAUUUCAGUAACAACCUCUUGUCUGGUCGAAUACCUUCAGAAAUUGGUAACCUAGAAAAGCUAAAUCUGUUGUUAUUGCAAGGAAACCAGCUUACAUCUUCCAUUCCCGAUUCACUUUCUUCUCUAAAAUCCCUAAAUCUUCUGGACCUGUCGAGAAAUCUCCUCACAGGUGGCAUACCCGAAACCCUAACCGAUUUGCUUCCGAAUUCCAUGAAUUUUUCAAACAAUCUUCUUUCUGGAGCGAUACCCGUCUCAUUCAUCAAAGGGGGGCAAUUAGAAAGCUUCACAGGGAACACAAAACUUUGUGUUCCUGUUCCAGUGUUACCCAAAACAGGAAAUCAAAAUUUCUCCAUAUGUUCACAGACUUAUAACAAAAAAAGAGUUAACUUUUUUUGGAUGAUUGGGAUUUCGAUUGCAAUUCUGUUCAUCGGAGGUAUCAUAUUUCUAAGGUGUAAUCGAGAAAGAGAUGUUCUACAACAUGAAGACGACACAUGGGCAUUUUCGUAUUUCUCCUACAACAUGAAAAGCUUUCAUCAUGUAAGUUUCAACCAACAUGAAAUCAUCAAAUCCAUGACUGAUAAAAACGUCGUGGGUCAUGGAGGAUCGGGUAUGGUUUACAAAAUCGAUUUAAGCAAUGGUGAAGUUAUUGCAGUGAAGCGAUUUUGGAGUCAGAAAUCGAAAGAUAAUUCUUCAUCAAAUGACCAAAAAAUAAUGGAGAAAGAAUUGAAAAGUGAACCAAAAGUUGCCGAUUUUGGGUUAGCCAAGGUUCUAAAUGGUAGAGGGAAAGAUUCCACCACUACUUGCAUUGCAGGGACAUAUGGCUACAUAGCCCCGGAGUAUGCGUAUUCAUCGAAAGCAACAACCAAGUGUGAUGUGUACAGUUUUGGGGUGGUAUUGAUGGAAUUGAUAACGGGGAAGAAGCCGGUGGAGUCAGAGUUUGGGGAAAACAAGAACAUCAUAUAUUGGAUUUCAACAAAAGUGGAGACGAAGGAGGGGGCGACUGAGAUUCUAGACAAGAAUUUGUCAGGGUACUUUAAAGAUGAUAUGAUAAAAGUUCUUCGUGUAGCUAUCCUGUGUACAUGUAGGAUAGCUACACUGCGGCCUAGCAUGAAUGAGGUUGUUCAAUUGCUCAUUCAGGCAGACCCUUGUAGGGUCGAUACUUGCAAACUAUCAAACAAGACAAAAGAACCCGAAAAAUAAAUCUUUCAUUACUAAUUAAAGUAAACUUUAUUUGGGGUUUUGAAAGGAAUUAGCAUAGCAUCUAUAGAGUGGAGUAUUGUA